AUGGAAGAGUCCUCCACAGAGAAUAUCUUGUACAGUGGGGAAGACUUUGAACAUAUUGACAAUUCAUUUAAUGAUUUGUUUGAAGGAGUUACUAAAGGGGGGAGAAAGAGAAAGGUUGAAGAGGAAGAGGAAGAGGGAGAUCAAGAUGAAGAACCUAUUACUAACCAACCUCCCAAAAGGAAUAGAAAGCUUGAAUAUGAUGUAGCUCCCACCAAAGCAUCCAACAUGAGUAUGAAACCUCCCCCUAGUCCCAUUAGUCCCCCCACCGCAACUUCAGGACCUUCAUCACCACUUGCAUCUCUUGUUGGAUGUAAAUGUCAUGAGCUAAAGAAAGAUGUCGAAGAGAUGAAGAAUGAUAUCGAAGAGAUAAAGAAGGAUGUCGAAGAGAUGAAGAUAGACAUAAGAGACAUCAAAGAGAAAUCUAAAAACAACUAUAUUCUGUUUCAAAAGAUAACGGCCAUAGUAACAGCCAAACUAGAUAAGAAGACCUACCAGGAGAAGGAGAAUGAGGUUGAAGCUAUUUUGCAGGACAUUGCUGUAGAGGAAGAGGACAAGUUGGAGUCGAUGGAGAAUGAGAAUGAGAAAGAUAAGGAUGAUGAUAAGAUAGGUUAUGAGGUUGAUGAGAUAAAUUCAAAUAUUGGAGCCAUUUUAAAUGACAUUGUUGUAGAGGAAGAGGACAAGUUGGAGCCGAUGAAGAAUGAGAAUGAGAAUGUUAAAGAUGAUGAUAAGAGGAAGAACAAGUUGAAGAAUGAGAAUGUUAAGGAUGUCAAAAGUGAAGAAGAGCCGAUGGUCAAUAGUGAAGAAGUGUCGAUGGUCAAGACUGAAGAAGAGUUGAUGGUGAAAUCCUUGAAGAAGAAGGAGGUGAAGGUGAAGAAGGUAGUGAAGAAAAAGCAAGUAAAGAAGGAGAAGGCCAUGAAGAAGGUUGUGAAGAAUAAGGAGGAAAAGAAGGAGGAGAAGGUAAAGAAGGUAGUGAAUAAUAAGGAGGAAGAUGAUCUGAAAGAAUUUAAUACUCCUCAUAAAAUCCAAUUUGUGCGAAGGACAAGGAAGUCGAAGAACGAUGUCUUGUACACCAACCCUGAUCUAAAACUACCCAAGUUAAAUGAUCCUUUAACAUUCAAUCCCCUUCUCAAAUAUGACGAUCAACUUCUGACUCAAUUGCAAAACAUGUCUGAAAGAUCGAACUACCAACAAAGAGAAAAUUGA